UUGUGUGGAUAAGCCUUUUUUUUUCCUUUUUUUUUUUUUUCCUGUUGUUGUUGAGACCGACUAGCAGCACCCGAUUUGAAUCCCAGAUGGCGCCAGCAGGUGCCCGUCCGUCAUCCAAAUCAACAAACAUAGCAACCACAAACCACGGAAAUGGCCCGGAGCCGCCCCAUGAUGACGGCAUCUUCAAAAUCGCUCCAAAAGGAGACAUUGUCUUACGGGUCACUUUCUUAACGUCAAAGGAGGCAAUCAGAGCAGCGAAAAGAUCCCUUCAACCCAGACCCGGCCAGCGACCGCCAGCUUCGGCCGCGCAGCAGCAGCAGCCCGUGCCGCUUCAAAGUCCCAAGGUCACGUACUCUUAUCGGGCGGAUCUGGGUUUGCUCAAAAAACACUCCGAGUAUUUUCGCGCCCUCUUGGACGAGGCUGGUCCGUUCACCGAGGCACGCCAGGUCGCGGAUGCCCUGGAAGCCUUGACGCUGCGGGGAGUCAAGCCGGCCGACGUGGACGAAGUCGAGGACCUACCGACCGUCGAGAUCACCGACGAUGACGAUGCCACCCGGUCCGCCCACCGCCACAGCGUGUUUGCGGAUCUGCUGCGGAUCCUGCACGGGGCGCAGGCGACGACCAAGCCGCCGACCAUGCUGUAUGUCGUGACGUUGGCCGUCCUGGCCGACCGCUUUGAUUGCGUCACACCAGUGUCGCGUUACCUGUCUUCGGAGCUCAAGUUCAAGUGGCCGGCUUCCAGGAUAAAAGCCGGAGGCCGUGAUGACGAGAACGGCAUCGGAGGCCCGCGGCUGGAGAAUGAGGACGUUCUCCGGCAGCGCAUCCUCGCCGCUUGGCUGUUGGAUCAGCCUCUAAAACUGCACGCUGCUACGCGCGAGUUGAUCAUGUAUGGCUCAAAACGCUGGGUACAGGCCAAUGCGGACCAUGACGACGAUGGCUACGAAGAAAACCUACCUUCUUGGUGGGAUUUACCGGAUGAUCUUGAACAUGAACUUCAACUUCGCAGAGAACGCAUCCUUGAUACUCUGGCCUCGGUCCAAAGACACUUUCUCUCACUCUACUCGUCCCGCACGCAGGUCUGCAGACUCGGAUACGACUCCAGUCCGGCAUGCGACUCGUUUCAACUCGGGCAGAUGGUGAAAUUCCUGGCGCACAAGAAACUACUCUUCUUUGUCGACUUCUCCUCUGCGUCCCUAGGCACCAUUGAGGAUUUUGCAACCACCGACAUAGGACACAUCAUAUCGCUCCUUUCUCAGGUUACAAGCUAUCAAAUCGACCGAAAUCAUACAAACUGCGGCCUGCGGAUCAAGAUACUCCCCAUCGUCGAAUACAUAAAGUCAAUGCUGUCUUCAAAUGUUAUAUCGAUACCCAGGAGUGCAUGGAAAAAGAAUCGGGCGGCGACCUCCUGGAUGCAUUCUGCCGAGGAUGCAGAAGGCAAAGACGACGGCAACGUGUUUCGGUACACCAGGUCUGUGGCCGGUGACCAGCGUUUACGCUUCGAAGGCGCAAUGGCAAGUGAUCGGAUGGCCAGAGAGCUCUUUACGGCGAAAAGCUGGGACUGGACGCCAGAAGGUUGAAAGAAAACAUCUUCACCCUAACUUACGUAUACCUACCUACCUCUUUUACUUACCCAAUCGAAGUUAAUGACAAAGAAAAAAAAAGAAAAAAAAAAGUUUUUGAUAAA